AUGGAAAACAAGAGCUGUUCAAAGUGUAAAAGGAGCCUUUUACUAGAUGCAUUCAAGGUGACGAAAAAUGGUCAAACGACAAAAACAUGCAUCAAAUGCCUCGAUGUUAACAAGGCGUCACGGGAACGUACAAAGUGCCCGCAUAAAAAGCAGAGGGCCCUGUGUAAGGAGUGCAAGGGCAGUCAAAUCUGCGCACAUGAAAAAAGGAAAUCCAGGUGCAAGGAGUGCAAGGGCAGUCAAAUCUGCCCUAACGAAAGGCUGAGGGCCCUGUGUAAAGAGUGCAAGGGCAGUCAAAUCUGCGCAUAUGAAAGGCGAAGAUCUCAGUGUAAGGAGUGCAAGGGCAGUCAAAUCUGCCCUCACGAAAAAAGGAAAGCCCUGUGUAAGGAGUGCAAGGGCAGUCAAAUCUGCCCUCAUGAAAGGCGAAGAUCUCAAUGUAAGAAGUGCAAGGGCAGUGAAAUCUGCCCUCAUGAAAGAAUAAGAUCCUAUCGCAAGGAGUGCAAGGGCAGUCAAAUCUGCCCUCAUGAAAGAAUAAGAUCCUAUUGCAAGGAAUGUGGAGGCGGAGGCAUUUGUGAACAUCAAAAAAGGAAAUACAGGUGCAAAGAAUGCAAGAAGGUUAAACAAUAA